UCCUGUUUUGUGUUGCCGUGCAUUGCAGUCUGUGCAGCUGCAGCUGCAUUUGCAAGUUGAACGGGUUUAACUCUGUUGCUGUGCGUGUUGUAAAAAAAGUGUUGCAGAUAAGUUGGAGCCUCACCCAAACCACAAUAUUCGCAACCAACACCCACGGGAGAAACACGCAGCUCGAAAUGGGGCAAGACUUUUUGGCAGCAUUUUUUCUUCUCGUGGCUCUCGUGUGCUCUACAAGGGCACAAGAUGCGGUCGGCAAAGGACACGCCGAUCUGAACUGCACGGAGCUGGUCGCAAAUGCGACAAAACAAGUUGAGAAGUUCUCGUGCUCGCGAAACAACGGCACCUACUCGCUCACCCUUUCGUCGAUGGACGAACACGGCAUAUUCCUACACUUCAAGAUGUUGACGCUGUCAGAGGGGGACGAUUUCAUUUUGAAGACCCCCAAAAACGUUGUGGUCCUCAAUCUAACAGGAGAACAGCACGAGUCUGACUUGAACUUUUAUAUUGAGAGUCCCAUUGUGAUUCUUCUUGCAACCCUCAACGAUAAGGACAAGAAGCAGCGGAGCUUUGUUGGGCAUUUCUACACUGGUUGCACCGCCAAUGUCUCUGGUGGCUUGUUUGAAUUUCCAAAGUAUAUUGUCGCUAACAAAACACUCACGUGCAAUUUUACGAUCAUGAGCCACGAUAUUCAAGAUAGCCUGCCCUACGUGUCAUUUGGAGAAUUCGACCUUGACAAAAAGAGCUUCGUCACUGUUAACGGACUGGGACCCGACUUCAAGGAGGCACCCAUGUUCCGCGGGGGAACCGAACCUGAGUUUGACCUUAUUGGCAGCGGUGUCACAUUGUCGGCCACCCUUGACACCAGCGUUGCUGACCAGAGUGCCAGCCUCCUUGUCAGUUACGUGACCAAAGGUAACAGGGUGCACGCGUCACUUAUUGUGGAGAAUAUGCCUGAUGCGCUUUCCGUUGCAGCUUGCAGUGGUAUGAAGGUGCUCACGUCGCAGAGUCCUCAGGAGCACGUCGGGUUGCCAGACAAUCGUGCCGACCUUCUGUUCAAAGAGGUGGACUGUCGCUGGGUCUUCGUGGGGCAAGACAACACUGUUCUCGGUUUGGACGUGCACAACCUUUCUUUCACUGGAGUUCAAGACAUGCUCACGGCGACAGAUGGUGGCCGACGGAACUCCCCGCUUGCGGCCCAGUCUUCCCAGCCGGAUUCCGGUCGAGUCUCCAGCCUCGUCACCCGUACCUCGAGCAAGUACAUGUGGGUGUCAUUGAGUCUUACCGAGUUUAGCGCCAACGACAGCUUCAGAGCAACCGUCAAUCUUUACGAGCAAGGUGGACACUUCACCAGCAACGGCACCUUCGCAAUCAAGCCGACCGGAGACUCUUCUUUCUUGUUGGAAGUGGAGGAAGGAAAACUCGUCUGGUUGGAAGCACCGAAAAGUCCGGUCGAACAGGGUUCCAUCGAGGUUCGAUCAGACUUCUAUGCCGACAGCCCCCUUCUGGAGACCUUUGCUGCUGGCAAGCUUGCUUAUGGUGUGGCGUCGACAGGAAACAAAAUGUUGAUUCAGUCCAAAGGAUUUAAGGGUACCAGUGCGUUCCCUGUUAACUUCACCGGCAUAUUGCCAGGAUGCCACUUGACCACCCUUGCAGCAAGCGGGUUCUACACUCUGGCUGGGAACUGCAAUUCCAAUUGUUCUUGGGCUGUCAAACCUCCAUCUGCCAAGGGGGCAGGCAAGUUCACACUGACGCUGGACCACCUGAGCCUCUCCACCAACGACAGCCUCACGGUUCGCACGUUGACCGCGGCAAAGUUGCUGCUGGUCGUGAACGGGUCUGCGGUGCCUCCCGUUGAGAUGGAAUCUGAGGGAGGCGCGCUACUGCAAGUUCACCGCGGGGCUUGCACCCGUGGCAAUGGCACCCUCGUCUCUGCUUCAGUGUCUCCCGUUCUUGGUGGCACCAUGACGCCCGAGUUGUCUCACAACGUGCCCUACUACCUCAAGUCGCCGGGCUUCCCGAACCAGUACCCACUUAACAGCAACCGCACCUGGACGUUCGAGGGCAAGGGCGUCGGUGGCCUCGUGCUCAGCUUCAGCUCCCUGGACCUGAGGGCUGGCCACUUUCUCUACCUCACGAACGCUAACCAGACCGUGCCCCUCUCGGGCGACAAGCCCCCCAACGACCUUGCGUUGGACAAUGCCAAGCUGACGGUGCGCUUUGCCUCCCCCAUCACCGCGGGAUACGAGAGCGGCUAUGGCUUCAAUGCCACCCUGCUGCCAGUGGACAUGGCCCACAUGGUGGACCAAGAAAAGGGCAUCGUGGAGACACCGGCGUACCCGUCUCCAGUGAAAAACGACAGCGUCUUCUUCUGGUCCAUAAGUGUUCCGAACCCCGACAAGAGCAAGAGUGCUGUUGCAAUCCAGUUCAACAUUUCCCUGGGGAAGAAUGCUUCUACAACGGUGCAGGACAUCUCAGAGUUCCUGACGGUGUACGAUGGCAAGAACAGCUUCCACAGCCCCAUCUUUGCCAACUUGACGGGCAAGGACCUGCUCAGCAAGACCGACGUCAUCCUGGUCAAGUACGUUGUUCCUGCCAUGUCUUCCGGAACUCCGCUACGGAUCAACUUCACCACUUACGUCUGCAACCUGACAGACACGUGCAAGUCUACGGGCAUCUGCAUCCACGCCGACUGGCGCUGCAACGGCGUCAACGACUGCGGGGACAACUCAGACGAGCUGUCGUGCAGCUACGAGCCAACACCCUCGCCGCCGCCAGCCCCCACCACGCCUGCACCCGAACCAGCGAGGGCCGGAGUUUCUGCGGCCGCCUUUGCCGUGACGGUGCUGAUUGCCCUGGCCCUGGGAGCGGCGGCGGCCCUCUUCAUACCGGUUCUGGUACGGCGGUACCGGGCUUACCGCUACUCGCGGUUCUCCAAUGUGGCCGUCUCGGAGUAACGGAAUCGCCACUCCCGACGGGGGAAAAAAAAAAAAGAAAUGCAUUUUUCUAGUUGUGUUCUAGGGCAAGGACGAGUGUCCUCUAAGGUAAGGAGGCAGUGAGCAACUUGUGAUAGCUAUUUGUUCUUGCUUACUCUUAUGGGAUGGGUUUUGCAGUUUCUGUGUGAAUCUGUUAAAGUGCACAAAAGUUUUUCUUUUAGGUGUAGCAAUCUCACAAAAUCCUCGUGUUCUCACUUCUUUGGAGGCUUAUGCUGUUUUUAUCUUAUCUGCCCAUUCUAUGUGUUCGACGGAGUGUUCAUCUGGUGUGUUUUUACGUGGAAUACACUUGCAAAGAGCAAGCUUUCAGAAAGAAUCUUAUUUGCUUUGGAUGACUGCUGAACAAGGAGAUAUUGUCUGUACAUUCGAGAAUAAAAGCAUCUUAUUGAA